CUGUCCGUCCGUCCAGGUUGAGGGGGUGGUGUUGUUGUUGCUGUUGUUGUUGUCGUGUGAGGUGGCGUGUGGGCGAACUUUCUUUCUUUCGUUCUUUCCUUCUUCGUUUCAUGCUCUCUCUCUCUGUCUCUCUCAUUCUCUCGCUCAUUCUCUCUCGCUCUGUCUGUCUCCGUGGGAGUGAUUUAUGCUCCUUGCAAUGACGGACUGGAGUUCCCGCUGGUUCCCGUUUUCCCGACCUGGAGUGAAUUGCUGUUGGACCUUCUUUAAGGGGAUUUGUGGCAGAGCGUUGUCGAGGUGCUUGUCUUCUCCUCCUCGGGAUGUUGAACGCUUCCUUAUUGUCUAAGUCACUCUGCCGGAGAAGAAGCCGUCCCCAUUCUGAAUCUGUUUUGAGGAAUCGAAUGUGGAAUUGGUUCCACAUCCUGAAUUGUUGAAGAGGUCGCGAGAACUGAACCCCGGAUUCCAUCGUGGAAAAUUGUCUCGUACGUUUAGGUUAGGUUUCAUUCUCGUGAUGGUUAACGUCGAUUUUGUGCAUUCAUCGACUCUUUCUUCUCCAUUUGAGUUGAGCCCAGCAUCCUAGUAUGAGUCUCUCCUGCGAUUAACAUGGGUCGAUAGAAUUGCGGGGGGCUCUUUGAACGAGGUUAACGAUGAGAACCUGAGAGACUUGCCACCCAUUUUUUCAUUUCCUGAUAGAAUUUUCUUAUCCUCUAUCUCUUUGCUGGAGGUAUAUCGAAGUGUUAUUCUCUAGAGUUCCUCCAUGUGAUAUGAAAGGAGGCUGCUAUAAUUUUAUUGUUGUGUCUAUUCAGGAGUUUCUACUUGCUACGUUUAGCUGAAGGUCGAGCCAAAACAUAAUCCUUGAGUGCGAUAGCUUUUGAGGAGGAAAGAAUUUUGCCAAGAGUUUAGUUUCUUGGCACAAGUGAGGGUCUAUCUUUUCUAUUACGCGUAAGUCCCCAUAUUCUGGUAUUGCCAAUUUGGACUGUGUGUGGUACAUCAGAGCUCCAGGACCACCUGCAGAGUCAUGGUUUGUGAUUCUGGAGUUAGAUAAUGGAUUUCUAUCUAGGUGACGCAAGAGCAUGUUGUUCCAUGCGUGCCAGCAGGCUCGGUUUUACUCGAACAAUUCAGGGCUGCUGAAACGUUGGAUUUGGUAUCGUUGGGCACGAAUGGGUUGUGUGUUUCCCAUUAGACUCCAAUCAGGUUUAUCGAUGUUUUCUCAAAAGAAAAUUUAGUCCUGAAGCUUGGAUUCUGCUAAAUAUUGCUGGACUCACUUCCUUUCACCUAUUCGUAUGUCUCGAAACCACAGCAAAUGAAAGGUUGGUGAUAUGACAGUGAUAAGAGUUAUGGAGUUCCGUUGUUUUCGCCCUGGGUAUUGUUCUUACAGACAAUAUAGCAGAGAGAACCAAAUAUGAGGAUGUCCAAUGCUUUUAGAAGAUGGAGGUACCUCAUUCUCUUAACCUCAAAGUGCAUGUCUCAGACUUGUCACGUAAGAGUAGUGCGAUUUGCAGCAGCAAGGUGUAUGCUCAGUGGAUUUACACGAUAGCUUACUGAGCAUGUGAAUGCCUGAGGUCUGGGACACUAAUGCUUCAUGGAAUCUUCCUUGGACCGUCAUUUGGCGCACCUUUGUGGAAGAGUCAAAUAUCUUGUCCAUUGUGAUGUUAAACAAGUGCAUUCGAGAGUGGUGUGAAGAUCUCCGGAAUAAGACGAAGAAUUGUUAGCGCAGGCAAGUUGAUGGGCUGGAGUGCGCAUACAAGUUCUUUGCUCAUCUCUCUCUUAAGGCGUCCUCAUUAAACGUACUUAGAGGUUCUGAGCGUAGCUUCGAAGAGAUGCUCGUCCAGGCAUUUUGGUGACAAUCUUCAUGCUUUCACUGUACAAGAUGAGCUGAAGGGAGCCGGCGUUUUUAGAAAUUUACUAAUUUGAUAUUGAAGAUUUCUCAAAUCAUGGGGCUGCCUGGACCAUCCAGUAAUGCAGCAGAUGAUAUUCAGCCAGGAGAGAUAUUUCUUCUCAGUGUUGGUACUGCGACUUCUUGCUACAAUGGCAAAAAAGCAUCCAACACCCAUCGGGAGUCUCAAGAAGUGGUUAAUCAUAAUGUUGCUGCAACCCACAGCAGAGGUGUGAUUGGCGACCAAAGAACAAGCAAAAGUGGAGUAUCAGAUUACUAUGAGUGCACUAGUAGGCUUGAAGGGGGUUCGAAUUCUCACUUAGAUGGCACUAGUGAUGUUCAAAGUAAUUCCCUCUGGGAGUAUCCUCUGUGUAACUCCAAGGCAAAUGCAAGUGACCAACCAGCUAUCUGGACUGGUGUGUUGGAGAACAACUUGUAUCGUCGACAGAAAGGUGCUUCAGUGGCCCGAACUCCAACGUCAAUUAUCGUAGGAUUUGAGGCACAAUCAUCAACUGCGUCGCAUGUCGCAACCUCGAAAAGUGUGGGUGACAAUGCUGGCACUUCGCAGUAUGAAAUGUUUGGCUUCUCUCAAAGCAGCAGCAGCAGCCGACAAACAGGGGGUAGUGACAUUGGGCUACACAGUACUCGCAAGAAGACCUCGUCUUCUCUUACCGACUUGCUGGCAUCUGGUCAGACUAGUGAAGUAUUAGAUUAUGGGAGCUCAAAUGAUCAAGACUUUAAGGGUGUGGAUGAGGAUGAACAGACUGGUAGCCUCGCAGUGGACCAAGUUCCUGUCUCUCUACAGCUAGAUAGAAAUUACCAAAUCCGAAGUAGUGGCCAACAGCUAUCAGUGCAAACUGAUGGGCCUGUACGAACUACCAUUGAAACGGGCGAAUUAGGCUUGACUCACAAGGAGACGGUGUCUGAAGAGCUUUUAGGAAAGCUAGAUGUAAAUGGUGUCGGGGGCAAUUUGUUGUCCGUAAAUUCGAAUUGUUUUAUUCAGAGUAUUCGAUCUGCACGUCCAGGAAUACUCCCUACUCCUUUAUCACCCUUAGGACCACGCUUGUCCUCUUCAGCAUCAGCAGCAUCCUUGGAUGUGGGCAGUGUACAAAACAAUCCUUCCUGUGCCAGGAGUAUUGUGAGCGGCCUGCAAAUUCCUGCCCAGCGUCAAUCGAAGUGGAUCUCAGACUUUUAUCGUGGUGAGCCCGUGACUGAAGAGGAAGCUGUCGGAAGUGUAAUAGAAGGUUCAUUUGACAAUUCUUGUCAUGAUAAUCAAUCUCCAUCGUCUGGGAAUUUUCUGAAGCAUCAACGUGCGGGUAUCUGGGGAUUUGAAUCUUUAUCUGCCCCUCAAAAGAGCGUCAUUGGGUCGCUUGGCGUUCCUAGUAGGCGCUCAUUGGUUGGCUCUUUCGAAGAGUCACUUCUUUCUGGACGGUUUUUGGCUGGUAAAGUGAGCCAGAAGCUGGAUGGAUUCCUGGCAUUGCUGAGUGUCACGGGUGGUAGCUGGCCGCCACCUGUUAAGAAGCUACCCUUUUCGGUCAUGUGCGUAAAUGGAGAUAGUUCGCUACCCUAUUUUGCCUCUAUAGAUUUGGCCGGCACUCCUGAGGCGAAAUCAAUUAAGAGUCCCACCAAAGCCCGCUUCAAGAUACCUGUGAAAGGGCGUGUUCAAUUGGUCUUAAGCAAUCCAGAGAAGACUCCUGUGCAUACCUUCAUAUGUAGCUACGACCUGACGGAUAUGCCACCUGGUACAAAGACAUUUCUGCGGCAUAAGGUCUCAUUAGCAUCGGACGCGUGCCCCACAACUCCUGGAAAAGAAUGUCGCAGAACAGUUCCAGAUUCUCGCUUGAGUAGGCUUUCUGAACCCUCCGGAGAUGGUCGUUGCAGCUUUUCCAAGUUCAGUAGUUCAAUGUGCUCCAGAGGAGUUUCUGCAGAUUUAUUCGGCAACAAUUAUUGGCAAGGUCGUGAAUGUGGGGCACAACCUUGCCCUGGAGUUAAUAAUGUGGUCAUAGACGAAACCGAACCGCUAGAACACAGGGUUGGUGCUGGCGUUAAUGCUUUGGGUUGCAAUCACAUGCACUCGAACACAUUUGAAAAGUCUGGAUCUUCUGUAGUUAUGAAAUGUCCAGACCAAGUCGGUCCUCUUGCGGAAAAUAGUUUUCUUAUGUUACAGAGUCUAGAAAACAAAGCAGGUAAUUCAAUCUUCGAACAAGAUUUUGCUGAAGGAGGUAAUCAAGAUGGACGAAUUCCUGAUUCGAGAAGGAAAAGUUUGCCAAACCUUGAUGGGCUCGGUGGUACAAAAGGAAGUUCCAAAGCUGGCGAAGGCACGGGCGGUGCUUUAAAAUAUGCACUUCAUUUGAGGUUUAUGUGCCCACGUAUUAGAAAUAAUGAGAAGGACAAAAUACAAAGAACACAGGUUAGAACAACGCCUCCAAAGGGUGUGAAGGCUACGAAGGUGUUAGAAGAUAAGCGUUUCUACAUUUAUGGAGAUUUGCGUGUUAUCUUCCCGCAACGGCAUUCCGAUGCGGAUGAGGGCAAGCUACAAGUUGAGUAUGAUUCACCGGCAAAUCCUAAAUACUUCGACUUCAGCAGCUAGCUCUAGUUUUCCAGAUGGCUACCUUUCUUACAGUCAACUUCCUUCUAUUGAAGGUUUCUGAAGUUAUUCUUGUUGGCCAGAAACCUGUGAUUCUUUCGGGGAUUGUUAUCAUGCGUAGCGCCUGUCAUUGAAGGAGCAUGCGAUCAACUUCCUUUUACACUAUUUGUAAAUAGUGUUUUGCUAUUGGUUUAGGGUUUAGGGUUUAGAGUUCACCACUUAUCACUAUCUUCUUGCAACGGAAGGUCCCUUUAGUAGUUUAAGUUUCCUGUAAUAAUUUUGUCGCUGCUGUCUCGUUGUAAUUUCAUUUCUUUUUUUCGACUUAUUUAGCUGUAGUAUCUUUCUGCUGAAAUGUUUUCCAGCUCCGUUUUGAGUCAGGUAUUACUCUGCGAUGGUACACGUGAAUAGCUGUUGGCUGUUAAGAAUCAUGUCGGUGUGUUAAUUCCACUGGUGCCGAGUCUGAAGUCUUCUUUAACAUAGAAACAGCCAGGAUUUUAGGAAAAAGGUAUCUAAUGCUUAAACUGUAAAGUAAAUUCAGGAAAGGGGCCUCGAUGCAUACAACGAUUAUAACCAAUUCCGUAACUGUUUAUUCCUGGUGUAAACACUAAAAGUUACGUUUUGACUCUCCUGCUAAGGUUUGCAGGACAUUUUCCAAUA